ACACGAACCCCAUCUCACCUCACCUCCUCACUGCUGAUAAUUACUCAAAUCCCCCGUUUCCUUUCUGUUGUUAUCUUUACGACGGAAACACAGUUGCAGAGUUGCGAUCUCAGUUUAACCGAUAGCUCUUCCUAAGUUUUUUCCGAGGUUCUGUGAGCAAACUUGGAGUAGCUCCUGGGAUUCUAGCUUGUGAAUGGUACAGGAUUGGAGCUUUCGCAACAAAACAGUCGAGAACUACCGUAUUUCUUCCACAGCUGCGAAGGCUGGACUGUUCAAAAACAGAAUCACUAUUUAAAAUGGCCUCAACCAAACUCGAGCCUUUCGAGGCGACUCCCAUCGAUUCGAUCCCUAGCACUGUGAACCUCUGCAGAACGACUUUUCAAUCCCAAAAGACGAAACCUAUCGCGUACAGACUGCUCCAGCUUCGGAAGCUAUAUUGGGGUAUUGUUGAUAAUUCUGAUGCUCUCGUCGAAGCCUGCAAGAAGGACAUUGGCAAACCGUCUUUCGAAACCUAUAUUUCGGAAAUCGACUGGUGCAAGAACGACAUUAUGUUCGUAACCAAGAACUUAGCCAAAUGGAUGAAAGACGAAUCCGCUCCAGAUAUUCCACUCACCAACUCUCUGUUGAAUCCUAAAAUCCGAAAGGAACCUCUUGGAACGGUCCUCAUUAUUGGCGCCUAUAACUUUCCAGUACAGCUGUCUAUAGGUCCACUGAUUGGUGCCAUCGCCGCAGGCUGCACUGCUGUUCUGAAACCAUCAGAGGUAUCUCCCGCGUCAGCUAUGGUUAUGAAGAGGAUUGUUGAAACCUACCUCGAUCCAAAUGCUUACGCCUGUGCCAAUGGUGGCGUGCCGGAAACGAGUGCACUACUCAACGAGAAGUGGGAUAAGAUCUUCUAUACCGGCAGCGCAAGCGUCGGCACCAUCAUUGCAAAGAAAGCUGCCGAGACUCUGACACCCGUCUGUCUUGAGCUAGGUGGUCGGAAUCCUGCUAUAGUCACAAAGCACGCGGACCCACGUCUUGCAGCUCGACGUCUUCUGUGGGGCAAGUUCCACAAUGCUGGCCAAGUAUGCAUCAGUCAAAACUAUAUUAUGGUCGAACGAGACAUACUCCCAGCUUUCAUCGAGCAGAUUAAGAUUACUAUGAAGGAAUUCUUUCCCAAAGGACAAAAGGCCAGCCCUGACUAUGCUAGAAUAGUGAACAACAGACAUUUUCACAGAAUAAAAAAGAUGCUUGAUGAAACCCGCGGCAAGAUUUUAGUUGGGGGAGAGAUGGACGAAGCGGAAAAUUUCAUUGAAUUGACUAUUGUUCAAGUCGAGGAUAUCAAGGACUCAAUGAUUGUGGACGAGUCCUUCGGACCUCUGAUGCCUCUUUUGGCAGUCGACAGUGUUGAAGAGGCUAUUCGUAAUGCCAAUGCUGUCCAUUCUACACCCUUGGGUCUAUAUCCAUUUGGUAACAAAGCAGAGACGACCAAAAUCCUUAACGAAGUUACAAGCGGAGGAGCAACCGUCAAUGACGCGUUCUUUCACGGUUCGAUUCCGACUCUUGCCUUCGGCGGUAUCGGAGACUCUGGUCAAGGUGCUUACAGAGGCAAGGCCUCAUUUGAUACAUUCACUCAUCGCCGGUCUGUAGUACAGACCCCUGGCUGGAUGGAGAAGAUGCUCGAUGUUCGUUACCCUCCUUACGAUGGCAAGCUCAAGAAGUUCAGACAGAUGAGUGAGGUGAAGCCCAACUUCGAUAGAGAGGGUCGUGAGAUCAAGGGCGUUGGUUACUGGCUGGGACUUGUGUUCUCCCUUGGAGGUGAGAGUCUAAAGGGUGCUAUUUUUCGAUGGGCUUUUGUUGCUUUGAUUGCGGUAGGUGCUAAGCGAUGGCAGGGAAAUAAUGGUUUGCCUUCUUGGUUGCGAUGA